CCAAGACCGUCCCCGUUUAUCCACCAUCCCAACAACAACUGCUAGGAAGGGCAAGACACAGAGAUAGCUUCAUCCAUUGUGUCCUCCGAAUACUUACUGUUAUGAUGGGCUAGGGCCCGGAGCUGAAUUCAUUAUGGCUGAAGACGAAGGUUAUCAGGCCCCCUAUGAGCCCCAGCUCACGCCUGUCGGGGAGAAGUCCCUGCCGGCAAAAUGCAAGAAAGGCGCGCUGGCAUACUGUCCGACGAUGGACCUCAUCGGCCUAGUCACAGAGGACGAUGAACUACGCGUCUUCAGACUCAACGGACAGAAGGUCUUCGGCGGGUCCUACAAAGGCGAUCCGUACCUUGAUGAGGACGAUGGCGGGGGUGAGAUCCGCGGGUUGAAGUGGAAGAAUACAGGUCAUCUGCUCGCAGUCGCGUGUGCGGAUAACACCGUCCGCGUUAUCAGCGCCUACAGUGGCAAGACAGUCCACCAUUACCCAGCGUACCCCCAGUCUGAGGGUGUGGAAGCUCAAGUGUCGACCAAAGCUACGUGUGUCGGCUGGGGUGUUAACUUCACGGACACGAAGGUCGCCCAACGGCAUCUACACGACGCCGGUGGCCAGGUCACUGUGGACGAUCUGCUGUCGCCGGAUACGCAUCCGUCUCGCGCGGCGGCGCUUCUUAAAGCUGAUCUACCACGAGAACUGGCGUUGUUGGAUGUGGAAUCCUCCUUGCCGAAGCUGAGUACUCUGCCUGCGACAGGGAGCGAUGAUGAUGUGUUCAGCGCUCGAGCGUCGAUCGAUGCGAUCUUUCAUUCCUCGACCAAGAACACCAGUGAUGCGGUCGAUGUGCUGCUCGUUGGGUUCGAUGACGGCACCGUGCAUCUGCGUAUCUUUGACUGCUUUGAAAUCGGCUCCUUCCGGGUGCAGGGCCCCGCGGAGCGUCCGGGCCCCUGUCGCAUCAUCCGACAUGCUUCCCAUCCGCUGAGCUCGACUCAUGCGCUCCUGGCGUCGGCGUCAGAAGGCGCACCGGGACCGUUACGCUUACUCACGCUCGACCUUCGCUUCAUUACCAGGUCCGGGAGGUAUCUUUCGCUGCUGGCGCACAAGACCACGCAGCUGCAGAACCUGCUGCGGUAUAUCGGUCAGGUUCAGAAACAGAUUGAGCUCGAGUGGAAGAAUGCGCAGGAGUUGCCGGCGCGUUACAUGCGCAGCGUUGACCAGGACCUGCAGGAAAAGUGCCAUUGUGACUUUGUCACGGCUGCGUAUCAUCUGGUGGUGACAGGGGACUGUUUCGAGCCUCUGAAGGAGUUUCUUGUGGAAAUUGUUGGAGAAAGAGGUCAUAAACGAUGGGAGAAGGCCGUCUCGUCUGGCUACGAAAGUGUCCGGCGCUUGACCCACGAGUGUCUUCUUCCAGCCGUGGAAAGAUGUCAGGUGCUUAUCAGCCGGUUGGUUGGGCUAUCGAGAUUCCAGAAGCUGAGUGAAGUGCUGGGGUUGGAGACUCCAGAUCUCAGCACGAUAGUAGAAACGCUCGACUGUCUCCAGCUCCUUGCGCAUCACAUUCUCAUCAAUGUCAACGAGGAGCUGACCCAGUUCAACGCUUUCUCUCGGUGGCUUCGCCAUGAGAUCGACAUGCAAUCUGCGGAGCCGAUGUCUCAGACCUUGGAGGAGCUGAUGGAAAAGACCGAUAUGGUGGAAUACCCGCAGACUCUCAAGUACAUUCGAGGCGCUCUCACGAAGAGUGCGCUCCGGACCUUUAUCCGGCAAUUACCUAUGAUGGGUGUUCCGAGAGCACCAGUGCCCGCAGAUGCUUCCGACAAAUGGACUCGGAUUGAGCAAGGGCGGUCAUUUUAUGAUACUUUCAAGGGGCUGCUGGAGCAGCAGAGUCAAGGCUCGGGCGACGCUGAUGCAAUGGCUCCCCCGAAGAUGAAUGACUUGACGAAGCGUCUCGGGCUACAAUUCGACAAGGUGUUUGGGCAGAUCGCUUUAACACAGCGCAGGGGCAUCCUGCAUAGGUCCCCUUUGACCCUCCACCCAGACUGUGACCCAGAGGUCAUUGAUGUUACCAUGCGCUAUGAGGCCAUGGACAAGGGCGAAGACAUGUGUGUGAUCUACGUCGGCACCAGAUCGGUCAAAACCAAGCAUCUCCUCUGCUGCUACCGCGUGGUUCUGAAUUCCGAGAAUGGGGUGAGCUCUACGAAGAGCAUCUCCACCGCCGUAAUCGACUUCCAAGGCGGAGAGAUUCGACAGAUACAGUUCGUGGAAGAUGACACCAUGAUGAUGGUUCUGUGGUCGAGUCCCAAUGGGUCAUCCUAUUUGCUCAACCUCCCCUUUCAGCCCGCCACAGCGAUGAAGGUUGACGAUGAGGCUUCGAGUCUGUUCUCCAUCACCUACCGCGAAGAACGAUACGACGAGUCAACAAGUGCACCGCUGACCGCUAGCAUGAGCCUGGAAGUCUUUGCUCCCAGCUCCCAGGAGCUGGGCAUCAUUAAGCACAGCUUCAUCGGCGCGAGGGGCCGAGCUCGUCCCGUACGGAUCGAUGUCAAUGGUCGGCGCGGGCGUCGGGCAAUAUGUGUCUUGUAUGGCGAUGGGAUGCGCUACGAGGUAUUGGAUCUGGAUGCGGAGAUGGGCGAUGAGGAGGAGGAUGAGGAAGAUGAGGACGAGGAGUUGGAAGGCGAGGAGUAAUAGCACACAGAACACCAGAAUUCCUAUCGAGUAGAUUGAAGU